GAAAUGUAUGGGAACCCAAUUUAUUAGUUUGCAUUUGCAAGAGGAUUAAUUGUUAUUUGAGGUUUGUUAAUCUAACGAAAGUUGCGGAUUGAUGUCACAUGAAGUGAGACAAACUACAAGACACUGACGAUGCGGACAUUCAGAUUCCUUCAGUGUGUGCAAAGGUCAUUAAGGAUGCAUAGAAAUCCAGGCAUCUGCAGGAAUCUUCAAUGGCAGAAAGCAUUUUCCACAAACUCGUUUUUGCUAUAUCACAAAAGAACAGAGUACUAUCCCACUGACAAAAUCAAGAAUUUUGAAGAUUUCGAGAAAUAUGCCAGCCCUGAAGAAAAAGACCGCCUGGAGUUUAUCCAAUCAGAAUUCAUAGACUACUGCAGAGCAGGAAAAUUCCAAAUUCUUGAGCCAACAGAUGAAGACUGGCUUAAGUGCUUGAACUUUGAGACCAAAUCUUCACGUCUUUCAUAUUUAAAACAAUGUGAAAAGAAGAUAAUGGAGAAAGUUAAAGCUGCCGAGAAAUUAAAAGAACCAAGCCGGAAAGUGGAACGAGACAAUCGAUUAGAUCCAGAUGGUCAACAUCGAUUUAUCCGAGCGAUGUUUGACCAUACUGUCAACAUGAUAGCUGACCAUCGUAUGGCCCGGGCGGCUUUGUUUGAAGACCCUAUCGUGGUUGAUUUUAGUUUUAUCGAUUCCCUGUAUUAUCAUGAAAUACGUGAUGUGGCUCUACAAUUAAUGUAUGUGAGGAGUCUUGCCAAAAUGUCUGCAUUUGAAAGAACCCCGACCCUUAAUCUUAUCUUCUGUAAUGUGCAAAAGCCAUGGGAAGAAAAUCAAAUUUUCAAGGUCCUUGAAAGCCGUAAUCAAAAACUUGAAGACGUAGCAAAGGGUCCCGUAACCAUCACUGAGAAGAGUUACCUGAACUUGUUCCCAAAGGAAGAUUUAGUGUACCUCUCACCUGAUGCCCGACAUUAUUUCCACCCAGACGAUGGAAUUCCAAUAAUUGGGGGGAUUAUUGACACAACAACAACAGCAAAAUUGUCAUACGGGAAAGCCAAGAAGGAGGAUUUAAAAAUCCGCAAACUCCCAAUUGACAUGGUUACCAAAGUGUAUGGAAACAAGUGUUUAGCUCUGGAUCAUGUUGUCAACUAUAUAAAUGUCCUGAGAUUUACAGGUGAUCCUUACCAAGCCUACAAUGUAUUGCCACUCAGGAAAAGAAGACCUCCAAAGAAGUUGCAAACCCCAUGAAAUUUCUUGACUAGUGUGAAGUGACACAAUAAUCGUGAUAAAGUAUAGAACAUGAUUGCAUAAGGAUGCAUGUUGUUGAGUAUGAAUAUGUAAUCCCUGCAGAUCUUGUUGAACUACUUCUGAGAUCAUUAACAAGACAGUAGAUUCUGCAACUUGACAUAUGACAUUCAGUAUUUUCUACCGGUACAUCAAAACAUUGUGCAGAUUUUAUGCUUUGAUAUUCAAUGGAACCGAAUCAAGGAAAAUGGUAAUUACCGGUACUCUAAAAGUGUUGAAUUGAAAUAAGAUUGAAUAUCAUACAUGGUGACAUCGAGAUCAAAUCAACAUUUACUAAAUAAAUACAUGUACAUGGGUUUUGUUCAUUGA